CUCAAAACAAGGUAAAUCAUAUUACACGAUUUGAAAAUUUUGAAAAUGAAAUUUUUGGUCAUCGCUGACUACGUCAUUUUAAUAGCCCAGCAUUUGAUACAAUUAGAUAUCCGCCAGAUGAGACACAAGCGUUAAAGCAAUUAAGUGAGAGCAUUGCGUACGAGAGUGUCAAAGCCUAUAAACAGUACGCAAAUCACUGUGUGACAUCUUUUACAAGUUUUGACUAACAACAUUUGACUUCCCCUAAAAUCCCAGAUUGCAUCAAAUAACACACAAAUGGUGACAUACACCAAUUUAGUUCACAGGCAAUAAAAGUUGAUAAUUUCACGCCGAUAACUUUGCCACACUAUAAACUUCCCCUGUAGGUAUAAAACGCUUGAAAAGCAUCGACAAAAGUACAGACCCAUUCGCCCUACAGUAACACAAAUGUCGACCAAAUUCCUAGUAGGAUCUCUUUCCCUCGUCCUAUUGAUGGCUGCCGGGUUGACAUUCGCCUCUGACGAGGUCGACAACGUCAUGUCCCGGCUGAUGCUUUCGCACCGUAACAACAACAUCCUAACCCCUCUGGCUCAAAGUGGAAUUUCAUCCAGCGGCAGGGCUACGGCCACGCCCUCUUACGCCGAUUGCGGAGUAGCCAACGACAAGGCGGAAAGCAAAAUCACCGGUGGAGAAAAAACGGCACCCAACGAGUUCCCCUGGCAAGCGAUCCUCGUGGUCAAAAGCGAAAGCGACGAAACACAUCAAUGUGGAGGCAGCCUGAUUGCCGAUCGAUGGAUUCUGACAUCCGUCAGCUGCCUGGAAGGGCCACCAGGGCAAAAGUUAAAGGAGGUAAAUGUUUCCCUGGGAGCGCACAACAUCAGUGCCCCAUCGGAAGCGAAUCGCAAAGAAUAUUGGGGAAACGAAACCUUUAUCCAUCCCAACUGGAAUCCUGCCACCAAGGCCGGAGACAUUGCCCUAGUCAAACUCUCAACCGUCGUCGAGUACACAAAAUACAUCCAUCCCAUCUGCCUGCCAAAUCCAUCCGAACCGGAUUACGUCAACCAAAACGUCACCGUUACAGGAUUCGCUUUUGAUGUUAAUGAUUGGAGCGACAAACUUUACAAAAUAAACGUCACUGUCGCAUCGAAUAGCGAUUGCAACGCCACCUAUGACAACGACCAAUCAAUAAUCAUGACCGAUCAAAUGAUGUGCGCAACAGGAGCUGCCGAUAGCGAAAUUUGCAAGGUCGACGAAGGCAAUCCGAUUAUGGUCAAACAGACGGACGGAAGGUACAAGCAAAUCGGGAUCGUUUUACAGUUUUAUCGUUUUUCAGACUUCUGCCAUUUUCGCGAACCAUUCGCCUACACCCGAUUGAGUUCUUAUUCGUCUUGGGUCAACAACAUUACCUCGCCUGCCUCCAGUCAAACUUCAUCGUCGACCACUAUCGCGUCUACUACACCAACGACACCGACUACUUCUACUAGCCCAUCUUCUUCGGCAACCAUUCAAACGUCACCCGCCAUUUUGUUGCUCGUUUCAUUGAUCAGUUUUUCGAUGAAUUUCUAAAUCUGUUUCCCACCCAACUCCUGCAUUGCUAAUUCUGGCGUUUCGUCUAACAAAGAAUUGAUUUUCCCCCAUCAAAAAGAUGGAGAAUAAUAAAUGGUAUUCGAUUUGAAUCAAUA